AUGACGACAUUUGUGGUUUUCUUGCUGGUAUCACUGCCCUGUUUUGCCUUCGUAGGAAAUGCACGAACCGUGGAAGUAGUAAAAGAUGAAGAUGAUGGAAAGGUUGAUCAAGCCAGUGCAAGUGGCGUAAGUGGAAUGGAAGAGGGUAAGAAUGAAUAUGAAGAAGCCAUUGGUGGCAGUGACGGUGGUGGUGGUGGGAGAGGUGGCAGAGGCGGUGACAGUGGUAGGAGUGAUGGCAGGGUUUGUGACGGUGGCAGAGGCGGUGAUGGAAGAGGUGGGAACGGUGGCGGCAGCAGUGGCAGGGACGAAGGCAUUGCCAGUAGAGGCCGUGGUGUUGAUGAAAAUCGCCAUCAAAGCGGGACUAGUGACAAUGGCACCAACGAGAAUCCACAUCCGACAAUUUCCUCUGCAGUCUUCAAUUCAUCCUUCUUCCCUACCUGUCUCAACACUGUCUUCCUUCUUCUCUUUCAUUAUAUCUGA